UAGUCCUCUACUUCAUACAUUGAGCAAUAACACGAGGCUGAGCACUCUUUUGUAAAAUGGCUCCAUUAGGACUCAUGAUGUUCUCAUCGGUGCUGCUGGCUGGAGUCUGGGCUGCAGGACCAAAAACCUUGAAGGUGACAUCGAUCAUGGAAGAACCGUACGCCAUGUCUAAAGGCUCUGAGCUGGAGGGCUUCUGUAUUGACCUGCUCUCAGCCCUCUCAAAGAAACUGGACUUCCAGUACAAAAUUCAGCUGGUGAAGGACGGUCGGUACGGUGCGAUAGAUGACAGAGGACAGUGGAGCGGCAUGAUCGGAGAGGUCAUCCGAGGGGAGGCAGAUAUAGCCGUGGCUCCGCUCACUGUUACAGCUAAACGUGAGAUGACCGUGGACAUGAGCAAACCCUUCAUGCAGACGGGCCUCAGCUUCAUCCUGAGGAAAGAUCUGCUGUCAGAAGACUCACAGUUUCUCAGUCUUUUCAAUCUCUUCUCCACUGACAUGUGGAUAGGUGUACUGGUCGCUUAUCUCCUCACCUCUGUCUGCAUCUUCUUAGUGGCCAGGAUUAGUCCGUGUGAAUGGGAGCAAGCAGAGAAAGAGCAGAAUUCAUUUACACUCUCUCACAGUUUUUGGUAUACUGUUGGAGCGCUGACUCUUCAGGGUGCGGGUCCUCACCCCAGGGGUCUCUCUGGACGGGUCAUCACCUCCAUCUGGUGGCUCUUCUCAUUGGUGCUGUUGGCCUCUUUCUUCGCCAGUCUCAGUUCAUGGCUUCAUUCAGAGAGUCAACAGCUGUCCAUCAAGAGCUUCGAAGACCUCGCCAACCAAAAUGUCAUCGAGUACGGCACCAUUAAAGAUUCCUCCUCUAUGAGCUUCUUCAAGAACUCCAACAACCCCACGCACCGGCAGAUCUACGAGCACAUGCACAAAGCUCAGAGUUAUUCCCUGAAUGCAGUCGAAGGCUUCCAUAAGGCUCAGAAAGGAAACUACGCCUUCAUCGGCGAGUCUGUGUCUCUGGACCUGGCCGCGGCCAAAUACUGUAACCUCACACGAGCCCCUGAAAUCAUCGGCAUGAGAGGAUACAGCAUCGCCGCCCCGCUAGGUUCUCCUCUGAUAAAGAAUCUGAGUGUUGGUAUUCUCAGUCUCAGUGAAUCGGGCGAGCUGGAUUAUUUGCGCAGUAAGUGGUGGGCGAGCAGUUGUGUGGCUCGGGGCGGUAAGAGCGCUCCGCUGAAGGCCAGCAGUCUGAAGGGCAUCUUCUUGUUCCUGGCGCUGGGUCUGGGUCUGGGGCUUUUCAUCGCUCUCAUGGAACUGGCCACCAAAUCACGCAGCGUUGCGAAAUCUCAGCAGAAAUCCUGCUGCUCGGUGCUGUCGGCUGAACUCAGUCAACGCUUCAGAGGUGGAGACGUCACAUCAGCUGAAGAGAAGAGCAAAGCUUAAAGCCCACCAACACACACACAUUCACUUCACUCAAUGACUAACAAAAGAGAAACACAAGAUAUGAGAAACUAGUCUGAUAUACUCAAUGUACAGAAUAUAUUUUGCAUGACCUGUGGUACCCUUAUGAAGGCUGACUGCUGUUUUUAAUACCUACCCCUGAAAAUAGAUGUAAUAUUCAAGCAUUUUAUUAUCAGUCAAGAGCUCUCAGUUCACCUUAAUAAACAUGUAGAACAGCUCCAUGACAUAACAUCUGUGUUUGGAUUUAAAUGGACAUUCAACCUGUUUCUUUUGGAGUUUUUGUUAUAGCAGAACAAUGUGCGUUAAGCUUUCAUAGAUGACUAAACUGAAGUUAAGAGAGGAUUUAAAUCUGCUAUGAAAUACAUGUUGAUACGUGCCAUCAAACAAAUCUACACCCUGAUGUAAUCGUAACCUUAAAGAAAACAAAUUCAUAACAAUAAAAUAAAGCUAAAAGAUGCUAUUUGCAUGUGUUAGUGGUGUUUGUUCUGUAUGUUGUUUAACACAUUCCAUUCUUUCGGGCUUCUUAUAUACAGUAUUUUUACACCAUAUACUCUUCUAACAUCUGAUCAAUUUGAAUUUAUAUUCAUAGAUUAGGUUUAUAUUUUCUCUUUUAUACAUGAGCUGUGUUUGUCAUUAACCUCAUGUGAAGUUUCAGUUUUCUUAUCAACUUUCUUGCAGUAUUUUACUAGAUGUUGCAUUAACCGUUUGUGUUUUAAAAAGAGUAAACUUUCUAAACAUUUGUUUUGUUGUUGAUGUGGAUGAGAUGUGUUUUCCCACGUCAAGCUGAAUGGCUAUUAUAUAUAUUUUCUGGCAAACUUUCACACGGUUGUGUUUUGUUCCAGCUCUUGUGACUGUCUCACUCUUUCAGGCUUCUUCACUUUGACUUCUGAUGGAUAGAGUUUUUAGACACUGAUUUGUACAUAACGAAUGCUUCUCUUUUCAUCUUUAAACGUGUCAUACUGCUGUUAUUUGAAUAAUAAAGCACUAGAGUAUCA